AUGGAGUCCAAAGCCUCCCGGUACCAGUCCCGCAUUGUCAGGGAGAUGCAGCAACAUAACGACAACCCCUUUUCUCCCCCAUCUUCUACCGGCAGCCACGGCACCAUUACUCUGACGUCCGAGAUAUCACAUAUCCCCGAGGGCGAGUCCACGCGACGAAUCGACGACUUUUCCUACAAGCUUCCAACUCAAGCUACCUCAAGACAGUCACAACAAGCCCCCAACUCUCGCAAGCCGCUGUCGUUCAAUAUCAACACCUCCGUCCUGGGCCGUACCUUCCCCGAGUGGAAGGGCUUCAAUUCCCACCAACAAGACGACACCGAAGCCAAGGAAAACGUCCCCCCGAGCCCUAUUUUCAGUGCAGCAUCUUUCCGAACGCGCGCCGAGAUGCAGCCGACUGUCGAGAACGAGUCCGACUCCUCUGUUCUCUCCCGUCUAUCGGCCCAUACCCCCGAGAACAAGGACCAAGCGAAGAACACCAGAAAGGACUCCAACUCUCGACGUGGCAAUGCCAAUGUCACCACGCUCCUCGAGACGCUCAAGACUGCCCAGACCAAGAAGACCCAAUCCAACGAGUCCAUCGAAUCCGCUGUCAAGCAGUCGUCGAAAGAGAGCUCACCCAAGUCUCGCUCCACUGCAGCGACAACCCCGAAUGCGGCACAGGCGCAGAUGGACCGACGCGCGCGACUGAGCAGCAAUAACCACGACAUGAGCUCUGGAGCUGCCAAUCAGACUGCUCGCUCAUUCUUUCUACCCAAUCUCACGUAUAUGAACGACUUCGUGUCGGGUGCCUUGAAGUGGUCCUCUCUUCGAAAUGGUAUCCCUAUCUUUGUCAAGCAUGGCAGAGUUCACGACCGCGAGACCAAGCUGUCUGCGGAUCACCACGCCGACUUCGAAGGCAUUGCCAUCCCUGAAGAAGAGGAGAAGAUCUUUGUCUCUCUCGAUAAGAUCCGAGACGAAAUUUAUGCCUUGAAGGAUCAUGACGAGCUGGUCUCGGCGCAGGCAGAGCAGCUUCAGGGAGAGGUACAUGAUCUUCAGGUCCAAAUUGCCAAGUUCAAGUCGCGGAAGGACAGCGCCAUGGGCUCAGACUCGGAAGGCUCAAUGCUGGAGCAGCUCAGCGCCCGCAAAACUGAUCUGGAAGAACAAGUCGCUUCUCUUCAAGCUCGUCUCGAGCAGGCCAAUCGCAAGAUCAGCAUCAACGAGAUUCACACCCAAUCGUACGUUGCUGAACGCGAUGGAGCGCUUCGACACAGCACUGAACACGUCAAUACGAUCAGACGUCUCCAGUCCGACCUGAAUGCUGCUCGAGCACAACUCCAAUCCAUCCAGAACGAGAACACCCAAGAGAUCAACUCCCUUGAGCAAGAGAACGAGGCGUUGCGCAAGAGUGCUGAUGAGCACCUCAGAACGAUCAAACGCCUCCACACCGAGAUCAACACAACCCGCGGACAGCUUGAAGCGGUCCGCGACAUUAAUAACACUGAGGGUGGCAAUACCCUUCAGCUGGAGAAUAACUCAUUACGCAGCGAUAAUAAGACCAUUCGGCAUGAGUGGAAGGCUAUGCUUGAAGAAAACCAGUCUCUGCGCUCGCACAACAGUCUGGUGAGUCGCCAGAAGGACGAGCUCAAGGAGAAUCUGCGCGAUAUUCAAGAACGGCUUGAUCAUGUUGUCGAGCAAAAGGAGUCCUUGCAGGUCAGGUUCGACGCUCUCGAUGAAGAGAAGGCCAUGCUCAAGCUGGACAACGCCAGUCUCGCACAAAACAAUGACGAGUUCUUCAAUAACAACAAGGAACUCCAGAAGAAGAACUCCUUGCUCGAUCGACACAACCACAAUCUUCAGGAUGAAAUUGAGCGACUCGACGCGUUGCUUGAUCAUACGGAAGCCGAGACUGGAGCGAGUGCAAAUGAGUAUAAGGAAUUCCGGAAGCGAGUUGAGGCAAAGAAUCGCGAGCUCGCCAAAGAAAACGCGGAGUUACAGCAACAGAUCAUUGACAUGCAAGCCGAGUGUUCCGUGCAUUGCUCGGAACAUAAGCAAGACAGACGUCGACUUCUGGCCACAAAUGAACGGCUCAGCGCCCAGCUGGACCAGCUCAGCAAGAGGCUCAGUCACCUCGAGGUUCGUGAAAUUAGCCAUGAGACCAAAGCUUCCGGCUCGGCACACAACACCGGCAGGCCCAAACCUGUCAAGGUGACACGAAUUGUCGACCCUAAGGGCAAGAACACUGUCAGUGAGAUGUCUGCUAGAACCACGACGUCGCAGACCGACAUGCCGAUGCAGGACGACUACACGCAACAGAUCGACUUCAAUCAAGAGCCUCAGUCUUAUGGUAUCCUCAAGAACACCAAGCCUUCCCGUCUGAACUCCCAGAAGCAGAGGAUGACGAGUACUUCUACUUCCGCCCGUCGCAGGUCGGACCAAGAUCUCACUGGGCGAUUCAGCGUCAAGUCUGGAGUUAGUGAACUGAGUAUCCCCAGCGACUCUGCUGAGGAGGAUGUUUUCCACCGUCCGCAGUCGCCCAGCACGCGAUUCGAGCUUGAAAUGGACCACGAAGAUAACAUGACGUCGGCCUUGUUCAUCGAUGAUAUCACCCUCGAGACUCAGGAAGCUGCGCAGAAGCAAAAGGCGCGACUCGACUCACCAGUCCUCCCACCACCCUUCGCCGUGGAGGAUACAACUCUGGAAAGCCACAAGAAGGCCGGAGAAAAGCGGAAGGCGCGGGUUGUCUCCCCAGUUAUGCGAACGGCUGUCAUGGAUGAUGUCACUCUGGAGAGCAAUAAGAACACUGCAGAGAAGCAGAAGGACGUGCACGGGUCGCCGGUGCUUACGGCCUCGGCAAAGCGAGUUCUUAACAACCUCUGUCACGAUCAUGAGUGUCGCGACUGUAUCGUCUGCACGCGAAUAAACUCACACCGACAUGAGGAGGACGGUACAUGCAGCAAGAAGCAGACUGUACGUGUCGAUCGACCCGUCCCUGUCACAGACCGGGUCUCCGAUGCACAGUCAGCUGCCGCGACGAAGUAUGAGGACGAGCACACGCUACGUCCGUCACAAGACCCGGCGUUGGCACUUGCCAAGGUCGUCAAGGGUCUUCAGGAUGAGGAGAAGCAUCUUGCGGCUGCGAUUGCUAAGAAGCAGGCUACCUAUGACGGCUGCGAUGCAUCACUUCACAAGAGAAUGUGGAAGAAGCUGGACGCGGAGAUUCAGAAGUUGAGAAAGCGCCGCGAUCUGAAGAGAGACCAGAUCUACGACCUGCAUGACGUCCUCGAGGGACAGAAGCAGAGAGGACAGGAGAUGGACGUGGAAGCGGUCGACGUGACGAUCAUGAGCGUCCUUAGCAAGGACCCGACAUGGAACGGCAUUAUGGACUACUGA